UUGGUGUUGUCAUUAAAUCUCGCCCAUUGAAUAACAUUCCAAAAUUUAAUUUAUUAUCAUCAAACAAGUAAUUAUCUAAUUUAGUUAUUAUAAAAAUCUAAAAACUACUCAUCUAUUUUUUUAAAUAUUUAAUAAUACAAUUAGAUUUGUUUAUUAUUAAUAACAGUUAAUAUAUUUUUACAAACCAAAAAUUUAAGAGAAAGCAGAAUAAGUAAACAGUUAUUAAUUUUGACACAAUCGCCGGGUCAUAAGUGUCAUCUGAAAUCUGUCAAAAAUAAUAUCAAAUUGCAAAUAAUAUCAACAGUAUAAUUAACAUAAAUAAAAAUCAUGAAAAGUUGAUUUUUUUUUUAAAUGUUUUUUGGUACUAACAACCAAAAUAGCCAGAAGUUUAUUUUAUCAAAUUAGUCAUGGAUGAUACAAAUGAAUCACAAAAAUGGCAACAACACUUGUCACUAUUAAAAACUCAGUAUGUUAAUUUAUAUACAUCAAAUACAGAGUUACAACAAAAAUAUGCAAUAGCAACAUCAUCAAAUAAUUCAUCAAGUUUUAUUGAACGUUUGUUAAAUACAAUAUCAUCAUUGUACGAGGACAAACGUUAUAGUGAUAUAACAAUAAAAUUAAUAAAUGAAAAUAUACCAGCUCAUAAAUUUAUUUUAAAUGCAAGAAGUGAUUAUUGGUUAGAUAAAAAAUUUGAUAAUUUAAUUGAAUAUGAUUGGACUCAUUUAUCAAAUGAUGUUGGUAAAAUAUUAUUAAAAUGGAUUUAUACAAGUAUUGUUGAACGUGAUAAUUUAACACUUGAAUUAAUGAAAGCUGCUGCUUUAUUUCAAUUAAAUGAACUUGUAUUACAAUGUGAAAUUUAUUUAAUUGGUACAGUAUCAUUGAGAGAUUGUGUUGCUCUUUAUACUGCUGCUGAUCAACUUAAUGCUGAUAAACUUAGAGAACAUUGUAGUUCAUUAAUAUCAACACACUGGGAUGAUUUAACUGGUGAUGAUUUUAAAGAUAUGCCUGGUGCAUUAUUAUAUGAAUUAUUAAAAACAAAAAGUGAUUAUCCACUUCAUUCAGCAGUACGUCUUGAACGUGAAGAUGUUGUAUUUUUAUAUUUGGUAGAACAUAAUGCAGAGCUAUCAAAAGCAGUCAAUGAAGUUGAUAAAAAAGGUAGACGAGCUCUUGAAGUUGCACUUAAAUCAAGACAACCAUCAUUGGCUAAAACUCUUGUUGAACAUCAAGCUGAUUUAAGUGCUAAAAAUUCAUGUGGUUUGACACUUUUACAAUCAUCAAUAUUCAAGGGUGAUUCAUAUACUGCUGAAUUUUUAAUUGAACAAUUUGAAAAUGGUGGAAUGUCAGCAUGUUUAUCUGAUACAUUGAAUAUUAAUAAUGAAAUAAAUCAUGAUGAUUCUUUAAAAUGUUUUGAAGGUGGUACUGUAUUGCAUCUUAUUGCAAAACAUAAUAAUCCAGAUAUGAUUAAUAUUGCUAGAAAAUUAUUACAAACUGGAAUUAAUGAAAAUAUUCAAGAUAACAGAGGAUGGACUGCAUUACAUUGGAGUAUAUUUGAAAAUCAUGAAGCUCUUUUUAAUCUUCUUUUAAAUUCAAAAAAUAUACAAUUAAAUAUCAUGACAAAUGAUGGUCAUACACCACUAUCAUUUGCUUUACGUUCAGCUGAAUUUGAUCAAUUAAUAGCUGAUAAAUUAUUAUCAAAAGGUGCUAAUCCAAAUCCUGUAUAUUCAACAACACAUGACACUCUUCUUCAUAUUUUAGCUAAAGAAUUACUUGAAGAGCCAGCAAUUUACUUGACAAAACAUAUUAAAAAUAAUAAUAAUUUAUCAAAAGAAUAUAAUAAUGAAGGUUUUACAGUUUUACAUGAAGCAUGUCGAGCUGGUCUUGCUGAUUUAGUUGAUGUUAUUAUUGAUAAUGAUGAAUCAAAUUGUAUAAUAACAGUAUCAAAAAAAAGUGGUCAAACACCUUUACAUUUAGCUGUUAUUAAUAAUCAUUAUUCAGUUGUUAAAAGUUUAUUAAAAUUACGUCAAAAUAUAACUACAGAUAUAAUUAAAAAACAAUUAAAUAUUAAAGAUAAAUAUGGUGAAAGUCCAUUAAGUUUAUCAAUAAAUAUGUCAUUUAAAAAAGGACGUAAUAUUAUUGCAGAAUUAAUAAAUGCAAAUGCUGAUAUUAAUGAAAAAAAUGAAAAAGGUUUAACACUAUUACAUCAAGCAAUAUUAAAAGAAGAUACAGAAAUAGCAAUAUAUUUACUUGAUAAUAAUGCUGAUAUGAAUGAAAAAACAUUAGAUGAUGAAACACCAUUACAAUUAAGUGUACAUUGUCGUUUAAAUGAAGUUGUUGAAGCAUUAUGUAGACGUGGUGUUGAUACAUCAAUUGGUUGUCCAUUAUGGGAUGCAUUAGAAUCAAAUCAAGAAGAUAUUGCAUCAAUACUUGUAACACAUGGAGCUGAUACUGAUUGUUGGUCAACUGGUCCUGAUAAUUGUUUACAAACUUUGCUACAUCGUGCAAUUGAUGAUAAUAAAGAAGAAAUUGCACAAUUUUUAAUAAGAAGUGGUUGUGAUUUAAAUUCACCAAGAAAACCAAAUAUCAAUAGCAAUAAUAAUAAUAUUGAUAAAAUUGAUAAUAGUGAUGAAGGAUAUGAUAAUUGUACACCAUUACAUUUAUGUUGUCAAUGGGGUCUUGAACAAGUUGUACAAACACUUGUUGAACAUGGUGCAAAUGUUAAUUCACGUGAUGCAGAUGGUAAAACACCAAUUCAUAUUGCAAUACAAAAUCAACAUUCACAAAUAAUAACAUUAUUAUUAUGUCAUCCAAAUUUAGAUUUAUCAUUAAGAGAUAAAAAAGGUUUAAGUCCAUUUGCAACAGCAUUAACUGUUAGAAAUAAUAAAGCAGCACAAUCAAUAUUAGAUAAAUUACCAAGUGCUGCUGAACAAUUUGAUAAUAAAGGUAGAAAUUUUUUACAUAUGGCUAUACAAAAAUGUGAUAUGGAAAGUAUAUUAUUUUUAUUAUCAAUACAAGUUGAUGUUAAUUCACGUGUACAAGAUGUAACACAAACACCACCAUUACAUCUUGCUGUUGUAUCUGGUAAUGAAAUGUUAGUUAGAAGUUUAAUACUUGCUGGUGGUAGAGUUAAUGAUACAGAUGCACAUAGAAAUACAGCAUUACAUGCUGCUGCUAAAUCUGGUCAUGCCAGUGUUGUAUCAGCAUUAUUACAAAAUAAUGUUAAUUUUGAUGCAAUUAAUGCUGAUGGUGAUAAUGCAUUACAUAUUGCUGUACGUGAAGGACAUGUUAGUGUUGUACGUACAUUAUUAACUGAAUGUACACUUGAUGCUGAAACAGUUAAUUUAAAAGGAAGAAAUCCAUUACAUGAACUUGCUAGAUGUGGACGUGAUAAUGCAGCAACAAUAUGUGAAUUAUUUUUAGAAUGUAUGGCUAAAUAUCCAAUAAAUAAUCCUGAUGCUGAUGGUAAUACACCAUUAUUAAUUGCAUAUAUGAAAGGUAAUGGUAAUUUAUGCAGAACUCUUGUUAAAAAUGGUGCUUGUCUUGGCUAUAUGAAUAAAGAUGGUAUUACAAUAUUUAAUUAUCAAGUUGCAACUAAACAAUUAUUGUAUCGUUUAUUGGAUUCAUUGACACAAGAAUCACCAUGGGCUGAUAAAGAUAUUUGUCUUGAAUGUGGAACUAAAUUUUCUUUAACAAUGAGAAAACAUCAUUGUCGUCAUUGUGGAAGAAUAUUAUGCAGCAAAUGUUCAGGACAAGAUGUACCAAUAUUAAAAUUUGGUCUCAAUAAACCAGUACGUGUUUGUACAGUUUGUUUUGAUGUUCUUCAAGUUGGCUCUGAAUAAAAUAUAUAAUAACUAAUAUUGUUAUCAUUUUUCAAAGUAAAUUAUUGUUAUAUUAAAUAUAACAAGCAAUAUUAUUAAAUGUAUUAACUAAAAA